CAUCGACAAAGAAAAAGUUCGUAGAUGAAGAUAGAAAGCAAAUGCAGUAGGGGCAUUCUAGUAAUUUUCCGAAAUUAAACUUUUUCUUUAAAAAAUUAACUGUUACAAGACAGUAUUGGUUUCACCUAUAUAUGAAGAAAGCUCAAAUCGACAGAAACAGUACUGCAGAGACGAACUUGUACGGGAAAAAGUAAUUUUGAUUAAAUUAUUAUAUAAAACUAAAAAGAAUACAUAGAAAAAGGCUACAGUUCUUGAGUAAAUGGCGAGUUUACCCCAAUCUCUUACACUUCCGUUUGGAGGAGGAACGAGUGUGUCUGCAGCAGGAGGAGGUGGUGCUGAACUUAGCAGAGAAAGAAAAAUGGCUUCCGCAGAACAGUUGGUACUUGAUCUCAGUAAUCCUGAUCUCCGAGAGAACGCUCUCCUCGAACUCUCCAAGAAGAGAGAAUUAUUUCAAGACUUGGCUCCUUUACUGUGGAAUUCAUUUGGUACUAUUGCUGCCCUGUUACAGGAGAUUGUAUCAAUAUAUCCUGUUUUAUCACCCCCAAAUCUUACUCCUGCACAAUCAAACCGAGUUUGCAAUGCCCUUGCUCUUCUUCAGUGUGUAGCCUCUCACCCAGAUACAAGGAAGUUGUUCAUUAAUGCACAUAUUCCAUUGUAUCUGUAUCCUUUCCUUAAUACAGCGAGCAAGUCAAGACCCUUUGAGUACUUGAGGCUUACUAGUCUAGGGGUCAUUGGGGCUUUGGUGAAGGUUGAUGAGACAGAAGUUAUUAGCUUCCUUCUCUCGACAGAAAUAAUUCCCUUGUGCCUGCGGACUAUGGAAAUGGGCAGUGAGCUAUCCAAAACGGUUGCUACAUUUAUAGUUCAAAAGAUUUUGUUGGACGAUAUGGGCUUAGAUUAUAUCUGCACCACAGCGGAAAGGUUUUUCGCGGUUGGUCGAGUUUUGGGGAGCAUGGUGGCUUCACUAGCUGAGCAGCCCUCAUCGCGUUUGCUAAAACAUAUCAUCAGAUGUUAUCUCCGGUUGUCAGACAAUCCAAAAGCGUGUGAUGCAUUAAGAAGUUGCCUUCCCGACAUGUUAAGAGAUGCUACCUUCAGCGGUUGCUUGCGUGAGGACCCAACAACCAGGAGGUGGCUGCAACAGUUGCUACACAAUGUUGGUGUGAGCCGAGUUCCAACACUUCAAGCUGGAACGGGGUUUGAGCACAUGAUGGUGAAUUGAACUCCAAAACUGGAAUAUUUUUAGUCUCAUCAUCUUAUUUAUCUAGGGUUUAAUGAAGCAGUCAAGAUAUGUGAUUGGUAAACAAGAACCCAGCUUUUAUUUGCCUAUCUUUAUAUUAAUUAUGAAAAGUUCGUCCCGAUAACAUGAUUAUCAAUAUACCAUUUUUUUUUCAUAGUUUUGUGAAUAUUGCACCAGAUCAUAUAUCCAAAUUAUAUAUUUUUUUUUGCUGAAUA